UUAUUCUGCUAAGGAGCAUGGCUCUCUCUUUCCUACUGCAGCUGCCCUCGCUCUCCAUUUGACCUCAUUCUGGGGGCCUGACUGGCCAUGUCAUCUACCUUGCCAGUGGCCGCAGCAUCAACAGGAUGUUAUCCUGUGAGGUAGUGUGAAGACAGGAAACAAGACUUUGGGGGUUUUGCAGAGGACGGAGAGAAAGAACAAGAAGAGUCGAGGGGUAUCCUGCGAUUAGGGUCUUGGUCACAUACCAGAUGUCUAAUAAACAACUCCAAGCUUCCACAGACCUAUUCAUCAGACAGUUCAAGUGGCCCAGGACUGUGGCUGUGGCAUCCGUCAUUGCAAUGUGUAUCUUCUGCAUCGGGGUUUCCUGGCCUGACCGCACCGUCCCUCUGCCGCCAGGGCCCCGCCCUGCCCACAAGUCAUCGGGCUCUCUCCCCCAGGGGUUCUCAGGCCUGACCCAUCUUCUGCACUGGCCUCUGACCCCAGGAGAUGGGGGGGACCUUCUGGCUUCCACCAGCCCCCAGACUUCCACCUAUCACCUGAGGAGUCCUGCCCAGACCAGCUAUGCCCUGGGAGGCUACCUGGAGGCCAUCCUCAUCGCCAGAGACCACCAGGGCAGGCCCAAGGCCCAUGGUGGGGAUCUGUUCCGGGCACAGCUGCUGGGCCCUGACCUGAAGGCAGGCGUCCCCGGAGACGUCACGGAUCUGGAGAACGGCACGUACCUGCUGACGCUCCCCCUGCUCUGGGCCGGGCAGGCCCAGGUGCAAGUGCGGCUGAUCCACUCCAGCGAGGCAGUCAGGGUUCUGCGGGGGAUCUGGAGAGACCAAUGGGCCACGGUUGAUUUCACGGGCUACUUCCGGGGACCCACGGGAUACGAAGAAACUGUGACUUGCAAUGUUAACCCCCUGUUAAUUGGGGAGGAAGAGGGCACCUGUCACUACAGGGAUGAAGAUUCAGGUGAGCUCUGGUUCUGUGCUCGACCUCCGACCCUGCCCUGUGACUCACUGGUGGGACAUUCAAGUGGACGCUACUGGAAUGUGACCACACCACACGAGGAGGCCCUGCUGGCACGGAAUGUGACGAACAAGACCCUCCCUCAGGGCAUUCCUCCAAUCUGGGUGGCCCAGGAGAACAACAGAAGUCUGGUCCUGUCCCCUCCGCAACCCUGCCACCCUGGGAUCCCAGCCCCGAGGCCCUCUGGAUUCUACCACCAAAACGUGUGGCACUCACUGUCCUGCUCCGGCCGCUCCUUCUCCACCGCCGACAGCAUCCUGGGCUGCCUGGCUGGCCGCGUCGUCCACAUGAUGGGGGACUCGACACUCCGGCAGUGGUGGGAGUACCUGCGUGACGCCGCGCCGGCCCUGAAGCCGGUGGAUCUACACGCCACGUACCACGCGGGGCCGCUGAUGGCCGUGGACACCGCCCGGGCCAUAGUGCUGCACUGGCGCGCCCACGGCUGGCCCCUGCGCUCUCUUCGCACCCCUGUGGCUGCCCUGCACUCCGUGGUCCGGGAACUGGGGGGCCUGGCUGGGGGCCCCCACACUGUGGUGGUGCUGAGCCUGGGCGCCCACUUCACCACCUUCCCUCCGUCCAUCUUCGUGCAACGAUUGGCAGGGGUCCGGGCCGCUGUGGCUGCGCUGCUGGCCCGGGAGCCCCGCACCCUGGUGGUCAUCAAACUGGCCAACACCGGCUACAAGUCCGUGUACGGCAGCGACUGGUUCACCCUCCAGGUGAACCGGCUCCUCCGAGCUGCCUUUGCCGACCUCCGUGUGGCCUUUGUGGACGCCUGGGAAAUGACCUCCAGCCUGGCCCUGCCCGACAGCAUCCACCCGGGGAGGUGCGUGGUCCGAAACGAGGUGGACUUCCUGCUCUCCCACGUCUGCCCCACCUGAGCGCUCCUGCCGGUCCUGGGGCUGUGGAUGAAGAAGCUGGUGCGAUGAUCAAGCCUGGAAGCCCUUCCCCUCAGCUGUAGGUACGUCGUCUCUCACCACCUUCCAAUGCACCGGCAGAAGCCUGGCAGUCCUUCAAUGCAUCUUAAGAGCUUCCGCUCCCACGUGAAAAGCUGCGUGGAGGGGAUGAGAUUCCGGGGGCAGAGCACAAUACCUGCUCCAUCAGUGAGCAUGAGCACUGUGAAGGUCCGUUUUGGGCUCUCUGUUUAGAGCGUCAAGGAGACUUGCAAAGAUAGGAGAUGGGUUCCAUUUCAGUUAUCAGCGGCCACCCAAAUAGAAAGCCUGACUCUCCAUAUAAAGACUUUUAUAGAUUGAUUUGUAAAAUAAAAUAUGUCUCCUAAAUUGUAAAAAGUAAUAUACGCUCUUUGUAGAAAAACUGAAAAAGUACCAACAAAUGAACAAGCAAAUCUUUGAUCGCCAUCCAGAGAGUGAACUGAUAUGCUUAGGUGGGGUAAAUGAACAGCUAGAAUACAGCCCUGCUUUUUUGUGUGAGGAUGUUAGUGCUAAUAAAAGAUGAACGCUGUUUUCCUUACAGGGGAUCCAUAGAUGAUGUGUUGAUAACCCUUGUUGCUCCAGUGAACCAUACAGCCAUUAUUUUCUAAUAGAUAUGGAUGAAAUGUUGAAGAAUCAGGUAACAGAAGAAUCCCUAGGGUGUGCUGGCUCCCGUUCCCUGCCUAAGCAUUAAAGUCUAGGCAUUUUAUAAUAUUAGAGAAAGAAACAGAGAAAUGUAAUGGAUCCCAUAUUUUUACAUUCACUAAAAAAAUUUUUUUUCGCUACAUCACACAGCAUGUGGGAUCUUAGUUCCAUGGAAGUGAAAGUGAAGUCGCUCAGUCCUGUCCGACUCUUUGUGACCCCAUGGACUGUAGCCUACAGGCUCCUCUGUCCAUGGGAUUUUCCAGGCAAGAAUACUGGAGUGGGUUGCCUUUUCCUUAUCCAGAUCUUAGUUCCAUGACCAAGGAUCAAACCCACAUCCCCAGAAGUGGAAGCGCAGAGCCUUAACCACUGGACCAUCAGGGAAGUCCCCUACAUUCACUAAAAUUUCUGCUGUGGAGUCACUCCAUCCAUAUAGCCCCAGCGUGAAUCCAAUUAAGGAUGAUCAAGGCUUCCUGAGAAUCUGCCCUGUAAUGAAUCAAGGCAUUUCCAGUCAACCAACGAAUCCGGGCAAAGCAAAUGAAACUGACUACAGAAAUAUUUAUAGAAAGUCUCUGUGCACACAGGGUAGCUAGGAGCUUUUCUGCUUGUUACAUGAAUGGUACAGAAUCGUAUUGCAGCAGAAAAUUAAGGAACAGUUCAUGAAUCAUAAACAGGACUUAAUUACAUUAGGGAAAAUUACAUUUCCAAAAUUAAGCAUUGUUAUUGUUGUUUCCUUAGGGACUGUAUUUCUGGUCCAAUUAUUAUGUUCCUUCUUUCAGAUCAAUUUAUAAAUUCACAUAUUUUUAUUUUCUGUAAGAUGAACCUAGUGUGUUAUGGAGGCUAGAAAGUAAAUAAAGACUGUAUGUGAAUCCCCUCAAAAAAGUACUUGGUGAAAAGGCCACAUUUCUCAGACUUCCUCACAACUAGGGGUUAUGCCAUGUGACAUACUUCAAGCCAGUGACAUUUCUGAGUUGGGCUUCAGGAAAGAGCUCUAACAGGCAGAGAGACUUGGCUGGUGAGACUUUUGCCCUUUUCUCUUUCUCUUCUUGACCUCCUAAGAUGCAGUUAUGGUACU